AUGAAAAAAAAAAUUAUCACUCAGCUUGUGAUCUGGCUUGCUUAUUUAAUUUUUGAAAUCAAAGCAGAUCAAGAUGAAUUAGAUUACUAUCAAGAAGCUUUAUAUUAGAAUUCAUAUAGCGUUAAUGAUUUGAUUAAUGAGGGUUGGUCUGUAGUAGACUCUGGCAAUAAUCCUCUAAAUCCUAAGCUAUAUUUAUGUACAGAUUAUUAUUUAAGCUCCUUUAAUGGCAAAUAUUUUACAGGACCUUAUACAAGUGAUUAAACUCCUUAAAUAACCUUCUCUAAUCUACCUCCACACUACGAAUAUUCUGUUUAUCUUGAUUUUAUAUUUUUAGAUAAUAUGGGUGGAGGAAUGAUGGUUGUUUAAGAUGAUAGCCCAAGUUCAAAUAAAAUAGUAAGCUCAGUUUUUCCAGAUGCUAAUGAUGUCGCUGGAACGAAUAAUAGAAAUUAUUGCAAUACGGGAGGUGCUUCUUUUUAUCAGUUUUUUUAAAAAUACAAACACUCAGAGGACUCUGUUUCAUUUUAAUUUCUUAACUAAUAACCUGGAAAAAGAUAUAUCAUAGGUUAUAUGUAGCUUUCUUUAGCAACUUGCCACUUUAGCUGCCUUUCUUGUUCAGGUCCUUUCUCUACUGAUUGCACAAGUUGCCCAUAAGGUUAAGUAUAAGGUGGCGUUUGUAGCUGUGGUGAUCAAGGUUAUGCUUAUUAAAAUUCAUGUGUUACAAAAUGUCCUGAUAAUUUAUUUCCUAAUCCUACAACAAAACAGUGUGAAUCAAAACCUUGUGGUCCUGCAUGUUAAAAAUGCGAUACAGAUGUUACAAAUCUUUGCCUAUCAUGUACAGGAGGUUUUUAUUUAAGUGAAGGUUAUUGUGUAGCCACAUGUCCAACAUAUGCCACUCUUCAAGGAAGCAAAUGUGUUGGACCGAUAGACAACCCAGGAGUUGUAUCAGGAAAAUACAUCUCAAAAGGGUUGUUUGCACCUAGAUUUUCGAAUUAUGAGAUAACUAGAAUGCAAUUUACCACUACAGGCUUCACUCUUAGUAAUCCAUUUACAACAUGUGGAGGUAAUAGAGUAUUUGGUGGUUGGGUUACUUUUGCAUAAAGUUCAAUAAUUCUUUAAAUCUAAAAUAUUCCACCUCAUUUUUCAAUACAUAUUGAAUUUAAGUAUCUAAUUGUUGAUAGAACUUAUAACUUUUAGUACUACUUUUAAUUGAAGGAUUCAACAAAAGAGACUUUUUAAAAUGAUUCAUCUGGUAGCGAUAUGUGUGGUUUUAGCUCAGAUCCUGAAUUAUUUAAAUCUUUUAAGAAAGUAUAUACGCAUACUACUUCAGAUGCAUAAUUGACAUUUUCAACAAAUCAGAGUGUUAAAUUCUUCUAAUCUUUUGGAAUAAGAGAGUUUAUUGUUUAUGUAGAACAAUGCUCAUCAAAUUGCAUAUCCUGUAACUCAACCAAAUGCCUUUUAUGUGCUAGUGGAUUUUAUCUAUAUAAUUCUGUUUGUGUUCAGACAUGUCCUUCCAAAUAUUUUCCUUCAGAUGCAUCUCCUGCCAGCUGUCUAAAUUGUGAUGCUACUUGCUUAGAAUGCUUUGGAGAUUAGAAAGAUAAUUGUACUAAAUGCAAUGGUUUAGAUUUUUUGUAGGAAAAAAAAUGUGUUAGCAAGUGCAGUGAUUCCUACUACCCUGUUUACACUCCUUAAUAUGUUUGUUUAAAAUGUGAUCCUACUUGCUUUUAAUGUACAGGUCCUAGUAAAAGCGAAUGUACUCAAUGUGCAAAUCCUUAUUAUUUAACUUCAACUAAGUGUGUGUUUGGUUCAAAAUGCCCAAUAGGAACUUAUCCAGAAUCUGCAGAAUGGAAAUGCAAGGAUUGCGAUCCUUCUUGCAUCACAUGCACAGGUCCUCUUGACAAUCAAUGUUCAUCUUGUAAUGCCUAUAUACUAAAUGGCAAGUGCUUCUCUGUCUGUUAAUCUGGCUAUUUUGGAAAUUAAGACCUUAAAAUGUGUGAAAAAUGUAAUCAAUAGUGUCAAGAGUGCGCUUCAACGAGUACAAAUUGUACAAAAUGUGGUGAUCCUCUUUACUUAACAGGAACAACAUGUGAUCCUAAUUGUCCUGUAGGAUAUUACCCAAAUGCAUCUAAAUCUGGAAAUGUUUGCUUAUAGUGUGAUCCCAAAUGUGCAAGUUGCAGUGGACCAGGCCCGUCUUCAUGUAAAUCCUGUAAUCCAGGAGAGUAUCUAACAACUAAGUCAACAUGCGAGAAGCAAUGUCUUUCAAAUGAGUAUUAAGAUGAAUAAAGAAGAGUUUGUAAACCUUGCGAUAAAACAUGUGCUACUUGUAAUGGACCUUAUUAUAGCAAUUGCUUAACAUGCACAAAUCCUUUUUUCAGAACACCUGGAUACACUUGUGAAAAAACAUGUCCAACUUAUUAUUAUCCUGAUAGUUUUUCAUAAUUUUGCAAGAGCUGCCAUCCAACUUGCUUAACCUGCACUGGGCAAGAUGAGAACUUAUGUCUUAAAUGCGACUUAGGUCGUUAUUUAUAUAAUGGAUAUUGUAAAUUAGCUUGCCCAGAAUAAUAUUUUGAAAAUCCUAAUACUUAAACAUGUGAUCCAUGCUAUUCUAAUUGUAAAACAUGCACUGGUCCGAAUGAUAACUAAUGUGUGGGUUGCAAACCUGGUUUAUAUUUUUAUAAAAACUAAUGCUUACCUAAUUGCCCUGAUGGAACUUGGGCAAAUAAAUAAUCCAUGAGAUGUUCACCUUGUGAUUAAACAUGUAAAACAUGCUCUGGUGGAUCUGUUAACUAAUGUAUUACUUGCAAUGUUACACGUUUUUUAAUGAACGGAUAAUGUAUAUCUAGCUGCCCUGAUGGAUUAUUCAAUGAUAUUGCUACAAACACUUGUGUUAAUUGCCAUCCUAAUUGUAAGACUUGUUUUGAGAGAAAUGAAAAUUAAUGCGAAACAUGCUUUCCAGAUAAAUUUUUGAAUAUUGAAACUCAUAUUUGUGUAGCAAAAUGCCCAAGUGGUUAGUUUGGAGAUUAGAAAAUUUCAUCUCUAUGCUAAACUUGCCAUCCUAGUUGUCAAGAAUGCUUUGCUGCAGGAGAUAAAGGAUGCUCUGCUUGUCCUAACAAUAGAUUUUUUGUAGAAAAUAGUUGCCUGACAGAUUGUACUGCUGGAUACUUUAAAGUUAGUGGAAAUAAUGUUUGCCAGGCAUGCUUUUCAACAUGCGCCCACUGUUUGAGCCCUUCUAAAAGUGCUUGCAUAAAUUGUUAGCCAGGCAAUUACUUCUUUAACAACCAAUGCUCUCCAUAGUGUCCUGAUGGAUUAUAUGGAAAUGAUAUUAAUUUAAAUUGUGAGCCAUGUAAUUCUUCAUGCAAAACUUGUACUAAUAAAUACACAAAUAGUUGUACUUCUUGCUACACCGAUUCAUACUUACUCAAAGGAAUAUGUGUCCCUAAGUGUCCCUCAAGAUAUGCAUAAAUAGGUAAUGGAGUAAAUAAAUGUAUCGAAUGUGAUCCAUCUUGUUUGACAUGUUCAAUUUCUGACCCAACUGUAUGUCUCACAUGUGCCUAAGGAUGGUAUUUCCUUAAAAAUAAAUGCCUUUAAAAGUGUCCAACUUAUUAUUACACAAAUUCUAUAGAUAAUACAUGUGUUCCUUGUCCUGAAUCUUGUGAAAUUUGCUCAAAUCCUAAUGGCCUUGAAUAGAGUUGCAUAAAAUGGGAAAGAAAUCUUUAAUAUACAGAUUUUAUCAUGUUUUGGAUUGUUUUAGGAAUUACGAUAUUCAGCAUAGUCUCUAUGUUAAUAGGAUUUUAUCUUGACAAUAUUAUCCCAGACAGAUAAAAAAUUAAAAUUUUUAGGGGUAAAAAAUACAGACUUAACUAAGUAGCUCCUUAACCUGUUUCUAGCGAUCCAGAAUUACCUAAUGCAAAAGAUCCUAAAUAAAAACAGGACGACAUAUCAGAAUUUGAAGAACCCUAAAAAAGAAAAGGAAGCAAAUAAUUAAACAGAAUCGACGAAAUAGAUUCUUUUGAAUCAGAUCCCAAGAAAAAUAAAAAAAUAGUUUUUUCCAACGAAGAACCAUAAGAUAACAAAAUUAAGAAUUCUCAAGAUCCUAACCCUGAAGCUCCAUUCAGAAAAUCAAAAGUUACUAAGACAGGAUUAAUGUCAAAAUUUGAAGGUGAUAUCAGACAAAAGUCAGAUGCAGAAGUUCUAGAUAUAAUCAUUCCUAAAAGUAGGGUCCUCAAUAUAAACAGGCUUUUAGGAUAACAAAGUAUGCAAGAUGGUCCUGCAGGACCACUCUCUUUGGCAUACAUUAUUGAUGAUGAUGAAAAUAAAAAGAAGAGAUAAAGAUAAAAUGAGGAUGAUGAUAGCCAAAGCUCUUAAUCAAGAUCAAGACACAAAAGAGAGAAUGGGUCUGUCACUUAUUCAUCAGCAAUGCUACAAAAUAAAAAAAUAUAAAAUAAUACAACUGUUGCUUCUGGUUGGUAGGAAAGUACACUAAAAGGAACCAAGGAAAAAGGAAGGGGUUUCCUAAGAACCUUUGUUGAAUUCUUUGAGGUGACAUCUAUUUUAGUAAGAUACAACGAAGAACUUAGUCGUCCUAUUAGAGUCCUACUAGUUUUUUCUAAAUUUUUAUUUUUGAUAUGGAUUUCUUCGCCUCAGUUAAAUUUAAUGGCUAUUUACAUUUUCCUGUCUUUAGUGGCUAUGAAAAUGGUAAUGAAUGGAAUAAGAUUUGCUCUUAUUAAAAUAUCUUAUUUGUAUUACAAAUUGAGUUAUAUUUGUUUUGCAAUUUUAGUCAUGUACGUAGUUUGCAACAAUGUGUACCAAUUCUACCCGUAGCUUGAUUGGAUUUCUUUAAAUUAAGAUCACAAUUGGACUUUUAUAUUUGUCCUUGUUACGAUUACUGAUUUUGUUGUUAUAUAAGGACUUUUCAUAGCAAUUUAAUAUAUUAUUACUAGAUAUAAUACAUUUAGUCUCUAAUAGACAUGUCCUCAAAGAUUUUUAAGCAUUUUCUGCUUUGACAAACAAAUGUCUGAGUUUAUAGUAACGAAGUGA